AUGGAAAAUGAAACUCAUUCAUCAGUGACUGAAUUUGUCCUCCAGGGAUUAUCACAAAUCUUGGAAUUUCAGACAUUCCUUUGUGUUCUUCUGCUGCUCUUCUACAUCAUCAUUUUUCCUGGGAAUAUCCUCAUAAUUGUGACAAUUCUAAAGAAUCCCUCUCUGGAAUCUCCCAUGUUUUUCUUCUUGGCCAAUCUGGCCUUGGUUGAUAUCUUUUACAGCUGCGUCACCCCUCCAAAGCUCAUUUUCAACAUUUUCUCUGGUUGCAGGACAAUCUCUUAUUCAGGCUGUAUCACUCAGAUAUUUUUCAUUCAUUUUCUAGGAGGAGCUGAGAUGUUCCUCCUCUUUGCUAUGGCUAUUGACCGGUAUGUUGCCAUCUGCCAUCCAUUGCACUAUGCCACAGUGGUAACCAGAGUCGCCUGCUGCACAAUGGUAGUAGCUUCAUGGCUUGGAGGAUUCAUACAUUCCAUCAUCCAGGUCGUUCUCAUCAUUUUACUUCCAUUCUGUGGCCCCAACGAGCUGGACAAUUUCUUUUGUGAUAUCACCCAGAUCAUCAGAUUGGCUUGUGCCAACAUCUAUACUCUAGAAAUUGCCAUGUUUUUUAGCAGUGGUAUACCAAGCAUUGUAUGCUUCAUUCUCCUCUUUAUGUCCUAUUUGGCACUGCUGAUGAGAGUGAGGAUGGGCUCCACCAUAGGGAAGAGCAAAGCCUCCUCUACCUGCAUCACCCACAUCAUUAUCAUCUUCAUCAUGUUUGGUCCAGCCAUCUAUAUCUACUGCCACCCUUUCCAAGACUACCCUUUUGACAAGGUGGUGGCCUUUUUCCAUGCUAUGGUCUUCCCCUUGAUGAACCCUGUUAUCUAUACCUUGAGGAACAAGGAGAUCCAAGUUGCCAUGUGGAGACUCCUCAUGAAUAUUAAAUUUAGCAGAUAA